AUGAACGAAUCCAUUACUGAUGGAAACAUUACCAUUAAAGAGAAGAAUAUUAAGGGAAAGCACUUGUAUUCCGUUCUGAGAUCUCUUGCAUCACGAAUUGAACAAUGUCACCAUGAUUUAACCAAAAUUGAGAGCAAUACCUUUUUCAAAUCUCAAUUAAUUCAACAUCAACAAGAGGUCACUCUGGAUAUUUUGAAAGGUAUCAACUCUAGCUCUACCGAAAUCGAGGCUUUGGAUGAAAAUGAAGAGUUGGAAAUUGGCACUAGGAUUUUAUUCAAAAAUAAUUCAAUUAAUUUUGGAAAUACUUUAUUCUAUGAUAAAAGAAUAGAAGGAAAAAAUAACAAGGAUACAUCAGAUAUCACCAUUCAGUAUGCUUCUCAAUCCUUUAAUAUUAAUCAGUGGACAAUAAGAACGAUGUUCAAUAAGUGUAAUCCCAACUUGGAUUUAUUAAUAGUACCAAUUUCAAACACUGUUAAUAUGGAGAGUGAAAUAUUCAAAUCUGAAAACUCUGAAACAUCUGAUCUCGUCCUGAAAAUGAAAACUCCCCAACACUAUUCAGAUCCAAAUCUCUCUGUAAAGUGUAUGGUUAUCAAGAGAGAUACCACCAACCCAAAUCAAACUCAAUUCGAAUAUCUUGGAAGUAUUCAACCUUCAAGCACGGAUAAACUAUUUGGAAUCAAGCCAUCCCCCAUAGAAAUUGAACAACCUGAUAUCCAACAUGUACAAUUCAUUUUGAUGAGGAACAACAAAUCACAUUCUGGCACUUCAAUAGAGCAAAUACUAAAAGAGUGCCUCUCCAAUGAGCUAGGUAUGAAUAUUUCAGAAAAUCCUUCAAAAACUGACUCGCCAACAAUACCGACUACCAAUUUUGAAUUUAACACACUCUCUAAGGGUUACAGUUCAUCCCUCUACUAUCGAGUCCAAUAUUAUAGUGAACAAGUUGUUGAAAAUGAAAGUUCAUUAAUAUGUAAUCUAUAUGCAGAUACCAAUGAAACUGUCAUGUUAGUGAUUGAGAAAAUUCAACAAACCCUAAAAUCUGAAAAUGUUAUACUCCUUCUCUCACCUCUAACAAUGAUGAACGAUCGAAGGGAAUUAAUAUCAAGUUUAUCAAGGGAAAUCAAGCACGUCAUUUUCAAAUUACACGAUCAUGUUAAAAAGAUGACACUAAUGAACCCACAAGAGAGGGAAAUUCAAAACGACAUUCUUAUCUAUCUUCAAUUACAAAUGGAAAGUGAUAAGAGUGAUAGGGAAUAUAUUAAGAAUAUUAAAAGUGAUGAUAUUGAUCAUGUUAAUGAAUUGAGUAAUAUUACAGAUAUUCAUUACGUUAUGAAUCAUUUAACUAGAAAACUUUCUAUUGAUUUGACAAAAUUUGAUUUGAAUAAGAAGAAGGAAUUAAUUCAAGACACACAAAUGAUUCAUCAUCCUCCAUCAACAACACAACAAAACUUGGGAAAAUCUCCAGGUAUUAAAAAACCAUUACCACUCACACCACAAAAUGCUUUCGCAAUUAAUUCACAACAACAACAAUUUGAUUCUACUAUUAAUUCAUUGGACAAUAAUCCAGUUAGUAUUAUCAAUACUUCUUCUAUUCCUUCACCAACUAAAAUUAAUACAUUUACCGAACCAAUACUAUCAACACCAACAAGUAUUACAACUUCUGUUAAUGAAAGUGGCACAUUGUACCCAAGUAUUACUACUCCUGUUAAUGAAGUUUCCUCUCCAAUUGCCGAGAAGAGAAUUAAACCUCUUCCAAAGCCAGCCCUAUUAGAUACUAAAGAAAUCAUGUACACAACCAUUAUGGGAAGUACAAAGGAAAAUACUGAUCAAUUUUGGAAACUUGAUAGUUAUAAUGAGCUCAAAUCGCUCAGUUAUGAAAUUUUAUUAUUAAAUUCUAAUGGUCUGGUAGAUUUCAGUGGAAAUAGAGAAAAUUUGGAUGCAAUUUUGAAUACUGUUAGAAAAUAUUGUGGAGUUUCAAAGAAUGAACAUUUUGAGAUGGUUAAACGAGUUACCAAUUCUGCUUCAUUUACCAAUUCUCUAAAUACAAUAGAUAGUGUCGAAUAUUAUCAAACUAUUUCAAAAAUUAAAUUACAACCAAGUACAGAUUCCAAAACUUCUCUCCAAUUAUGGAAACUCAUUGGAUUAGUUUUGAAGAAUGAAAAUUUAGAUAUCAUCAAACAAUAUUCACAAGUUUUCUAUAACAACUUGUUACUAUUUUUGAAACAACAAACAAAUAUUAAUUUCAAACUGAAUAACAUUACAUUUACCGACAUGCAAAAACUGGAAGAAUUUUUGAAUGAGGAGUUUACAAAUUUUGAUGACAGCGAUUCUAUUAAUGACAUCAUUCAAAUUUACACAAAAUUGAAUUCUGACAUUGUAACUCCGCUAAUCAAACAAAUACCUUCUACAGGUGAUUUAAUUCCCUACUUGUAUCCUUUGAAUAUCAAGCUCUACUCUUACUUGUCAGAUACUAGAGUGUUGAGCCUUUUAAAGCUGGCCAAGAGUGGUGAAAUUGAGAUACCAUACGAUAUUGAUGAUGUUAUGAAUGAUGAAAUUGAUUUGAGCGACAUCUUUAUUGAUCUUAUUGAAGAUGAAGAAGUAACCAAGAGUUUAAAGUUGCACCGUAAAGUAUUGAACAUUUCUGAAACGAUGGACAUUAUGUGCUAUAUUGAUUCUGUGUUCAGAAUGGAACAAAAUUGUCAAACAGAUACAGAUCUACUUUUACUGUGUGAUCGUUACCUUUUAUGCCUUUUACAAUACUAUAUCAAACAUACCAAAUUUUCAAAUUAUUCAAAAGAGGAACUCUCAUUGUACAAUAAUGUAUUUAAUAAUAUGAGACACAUUUUGGGUAAUUCACUCAUGGAUUUCACAUCUAGUUAUACUAUCGAUCAUGAAGUAUUUUCCUCCCAUCUCAAACUCUUUAAAUAUGUCUAUUACAUUAUGCAAAAGAAUGAAAAUAAUUUGACCAACUUGAGUACAGUAUUUGACUAUAUCACCAAGCUUUCAAUGAGAAAGCAAUAUGAAAGAAUCAAAUCUAGUAAUAUGCAUUCUGCUUCAGAACAAGCAGGAAGUAAUAACAUAAUUGAUGACAGUGUUGUAUUGGAUGAACUGGUCAAGUUUGGUAAAGAUAUCCUUGAAGAAUUAUCCUACCAACAAUCAACCUUCUUUACUUACUUGGGCUCUAAAGAUUAUUAUCCAAAUGCCUUUAUCGAUUCCCUGUACUUGAAUUUGUCAAAUUAUUUGAAGGAUGUUCAGACAGUAUUUUCAAAGUAUGUUAAAACAGAAGUUUCUGGAGGAGUUUUUGAAAUAUUCGAAAUAUUUGAAUCAUUUUUGAAAAUAUUCAAUGAAUACUUGUUCAAUGAUGAAGAGUUAGAGUUGACUGAUUUGGAAAAUAUAAGAAAAGAAUAUCCAUUCAAAAUGUCAAAACUGUUCGAACCAAACAUUUCAAUACUCAGAGUACCAAUGAAUAAUUGGAUGAAUAACAUUCAAAAUCAAUACUUUAAAUAUCUGGAAAAUUCUGUAAAAUUGGAAAAGUUUGAACCUAUCAGUCAGGAGGUUAUGUAUUCCUCUUCACAUGUUGACCUUUUCACAUUCGUCAGACAGGGUUUACCAACUCUGUACAAGUUGUGCAUGCCGAAUGCUAUGGAAUAUUUCAGACAUUUUAAUCAAUGCCUGUCUGGACUCAUGCAAAGGUAUUGUGUCCAUAUGGUUCAUAACUUGCCAAAAGUUGAAGAUUUUAUUCCAAAAAAGAUACAACCAUUUUCUUCAAUUACAGUAAACACUUCAGGUAAUGGUGUUCUCAAAAAGCUAAUGUCAUCAGGAGAAACUGCUGACAACACCAAUGGAUUUAUAACACCAAGAUUUGAAUCAAAUGGUAUUAGUUACGAAGAAUUGUUUGUGAGAUUGGCCAAUUUGGUCAACACUAGAAGACAAUAUAUCAAGGUUGUGAAGGAACUCAUUGAAAAAUCAGAUAAUUACCGCUUACUCUUUGUUGGUAAGACGAAUACCAAUAGUACAUCUCUUCCAGCAACGUUACUCCCUAUUGAUUUUUAUUCCAACUUGGAAGGUACAUCAGAACUUUUGAAAGAUUUCAUCAAACAACUAACUGAAAUAAUAGGAUGUAGAAAUAUCUAUCACGAACUUUAUAAUAAUUUAUUUGGAGAACUUUAUUUGCCAACUGUUAAGGAUAUGACUCUUUCCAAAAUGAUUGAGGACUACUUUGAACCAUGCUUGGAGUCUCUAGUAGAAAUGACAGAUGAUCCAAACUGUGUAGAGUGGAUUAUUAUGUCCAUGUUUAGACAUUUAAUCAAAUCCUUACAGUUUAUCAUUAUUGAUGGAUACAUUUCUCAAAAUGAGUUCCAUUUGAAUAAGAGGCAAUACAGUGCUUCCGAUACAAAAUAUUUCCUUUCUGAUUUGAGUUUGAUUGAGAAAUUCUUUUAUAGUGAUGGAGAAGGUAUUUCGGAUUGGAAUUUUAUUAUUCAGACAACUGGUUUCUUGAAGAAUGUGAUUGCGAAUGUAAUGGACAAAGCUUCAGAAUAUUUAAUCAAUGGAUCAAACCAAAAUCCAGCUUUUGAAACUCUCUCAGCAAGUAUCACACCAAAAACUCCAUUUUCUAAAAAUGUUGUCUACAAGGUUUUAUUUAAUAGAACUGAUCUGCAUGCUAAAAAGUUCAUUAAGAAUCACAAAUUCAGGUAUGGCUAUGAAUAA